UCAGCCAAUGUUUGCACAUGGAGCACGAGGAAAAUAGGAAAUGAGGAGGUGGCAGCAAACCCCAGAAGGAAAAAGCAGAGCUUUGGAAGGCUCCAAACCCUCCUGCUCCCCCCAGCCCAGCAGGUGGGGAUUAGGAAAGGUUUGCCUCAAAGUCACCCUACCUGAGGAGCCAUCUGAGAGUCUGGCACCCCAGGUUGUGGCCAGGCUGGAUGAGUCUCCUCCUGGGGAAGGGUCUCCUGACAUGGAUAAAUCUGGAUCACUCCAGGGCUGGACGAAGCAGAGCUUCCUGUUCCAGGCAGACUCGAUGAAUCACUGUGCUGUCACCGGUGGAAGUGCAGCAGACGGAGGAGCAGCCCCCGGUGAUCCCCCAGGAGCCUCCUCAGGGCUGGAUGGAACUGGGAUGGAGCUCAGCUCCUGGAGGCUCUGCAGGACCCUGGGCCACAGCACUGGGAUGGCUGAGCGCCUUCACGGGAAAGGAAGGCUGGGACCAUCCAUAAAGGUGUCAAAGCAAAGCCUGCAGCUGCCCUUGGCUGCUGAGCAGCAAAUCUGUGUGCGUUGCAGAGCAAGCCUUGGUUACCUGACCGCGUUCCUGCUGAUGGAGGAGCUGCCCCCAGCGCUGCCCCGGGGAAUCCUGUGGGAUAAAUCCGUGCAAGGCACUGCUGGAGGGCAGCACUCCUGGGAAAGGCUGGGCUGAGGCACUGGGAU